CGCGGUCCAACUGCUGAAGUCUCCAUGUGACAGUGAGUGAGGUCCCCUUUCUAGGAGCCACUCCACUCCUGAUCACAGUCCCAGGAACCGGCCACUAUUCCGGCGCCGACAGACCGACAGGCCCGGGACUCUGGGCGUCGAACCGUGCCGCCGCCACACUUGGGGUGCGGAGUGAACGGCCGCUUCCCGGGGAAGGAGGCGGAGCGGAGCGGCGCGGCGAGCGGGGCUCUGUGGCGGCGCCGGCGCCCCCGGAGCUGGCAGACAUGAACGGCUUCACUCCGGAGGAGAUGAGCCGCGGCGGGGACGCGGCUGCUGCGGUGGCCGCGGUGGUCGCUGCUGCAGCCGCCGCCACUUCAGCGGGGAAUGGGAACGCGGCGGGCGGUGGGGCAGAGGUACCGGGUGCUGGUGGGGUGUCGGCUGCAGGACCCCCCGGAGCGGCCGGUCCCGGCCCCGGACAACUCUGUUGUCUGCGGGAGGACGGCGAGCGGUGCGGGCGCGCGGCUGGCAACGCCAGCUUCAGCAAGAGGAUCCAGAAGAGCAUCUCGCAGAAGAAGGUGAAGAUCGAGCUGGAUAAGAGUGCAAGGCAUCUUUACAUUUGUGAUUAUCACAAAAACUUAAUUCAGAGUGUUCGGAACAGAAGAAAGAGGAAAGGGAGUGACGAUGAUGGAGGAGAUUCUCCUGUCCAGGAUAUCGAUACUCCAGAGGUUGAUUUGUACCAAUUACAAGUAAAUACACUUAGAAGAUACAAAAGACACUUCAAGCUUCCAACCAGACCAGGUCUUAAUAAAGCACAACUUGUUGAGAUAGUUGGUUGCCACUUUAGGUCUAUUCCCGUGAAUGAAAAAGACACGCUAACAUAUUUCAUCUACUCGGUGAAGAACGACAAGAACAAAUCAGACCUCAAGGUCGACAGUGGUGUUCACUAGGUGGCGUUCACACUAGCACAUGGAUGUCUGGCUGUAAAGAAUGUGUACUGUUUUUCAUAUGUAGAAAUCUUCUCAUGUAUUUUUUCUACAGAGGAUUUUCUUUGGCUUUUUUUUUUUUGGUUUGUUUGUUUGUUUGUCUUUGAUUCUAAUAAUUAGUUGGAAGCUGAUAUAAACUGAGCUUCCUAAAUUAAAACUAUUUUAAAUAAAGGCUAUUACUA